UUAAAUUUACUCAGUUUGUCGACGGUUGCUUAAUGAAGACUACAAAAUGACUCAAAGUACAUCUACGUAUACCUGUUUUUUGGUGUUCCUCAUUUGCUUCACAGCAUCAGUGAUAAAUGACAAAAUCGAUCCGGAAGCAAUUCUUUUGAGUUUCCCUUACUGCAAUGCCCCGACUAGAUCAAUUCAAUGUGUUAUAAAAGAUACGGAUUGCAUACAAAACACAUAUAAUCAGAUGAAAAAAGAUAAGACUGAAACUACAGUUUAUAUUCAAGGAUAUCAAGAGAAUACAAAAGUUAUACCUGACUAUCUAGACAUCAUCUUAGCCUAUUGUUCACAAAAUAACUCUGUCAUUGCAAUACUCGAUUGGUCCAAAUUGACAAGUGGUGACUUAUUAUUAAUUCCUACUCGAUUAGAUCAAAUCGGACAGAUAGUCGCAUCUACUUUUAACUCUUUAAACAAUAAAGGAUACGAAAUAGCAAAAUGGCAUCUGAUUGGACAUUCCACGGGUGCUCACAUUGCAGGUUGCAUUGGAACAUAUAGUAAUUUUACUUUUUCACAUAUUACAGCUUUAGAACCCGCAGCAGUUUUAUUUUACAAUGACUUGUACAAAGGUUGUGUAAUGAAUCCGACAGUCGCACAUUUUACGGAUGCUUUUUACACAAACCGUGGUGCACUUUCCCUUGUGCAAAAUGUAGGCAAUCUUAAUAUUUACGCCAAUUCCGGAACAGCACCCCAGCCUGGCUGUUAUUCAAAUACUUCGUCAUACAUAGACAUACAUGACUGCAGCCACAUUAAAGCAUUGAAAUGGUAUGCUGAUGCCGUGAGAAACGAAACAAAAUAUUUAGCCACAAAAUGCGAGGACUGUAUGUUGUUCCUACGUUACAAACAUUGCCAAGAAAAUGACCAGAUUUAUUUCGGACCGCAUGUAGACACUAAAAAAACCGGUCUCUACUGUCUUCCAAUCAAUUAAAAGAUGUCUUCGUCUAUUAGAUAAGCGCAAAAUAAGUAUCAUGAAUAAUUCGUAAUUGCGACAAAUUUAAACUGUUUGUAUUAUUUUCGGCUUAAACAAUUAUUAUAAAAGAUAAUUCAUAAUACAUCGCAAUACUAUCUAUUUAAAUGGAUAA